AUGUUGGCCAGCCGUGUCGCCGCCCGGUCUGCCCGUGUGGCAGCACCGCGCAUUUCCGCUGUCAGCGUCCGCUCUUUCGCCGACGUCAAGGCCAACACCAAGCCUCCUGUCCAGCUGUUUGGUGUCGACGGCACCUACGCCAGCGCCCUGUACACCGCCGCCGCCAAGACCUCUUCCCUCGACAGCGUCUCCAAGGCAAUGGAGGCCCUCGCUCAAACUUUCAAGAGCGACAAAAAGCUUCAGGCCAUCCUCAGCGCGCCCACCCUGAGCGUCGAAGACAAGAAGCAGAUUGUGGCGGAGAUUCAAAAGAGCACUGGUGUCCAAGACAAGUCCAACACCGUCCAGAACUUCCUGGCUACGCUUGCCGAGAACAACCGCCUGAGCGUCCUCGAGGGUGUCACCACAAAGUUCGCGGAGCUCAUCAGCGCUUCUCGCGGCGAGGUCGAGCUGAUCAUCACGAGCGCUGCACCAUUGGAGGCCAAGGUCAUCAAGCAGCUUGAGAACGCCGUUGGCAAAAGCCAAUACGUCGGACAAGGCAAGAAGCUGAAGGUCGUGUCAAAGGUCAACCCUGAGAUUCGCGGAGGUCUCGUCGUCGAGAUCGGAGACCGAACAAUCGACCUCAGUGUGUCUUCCAAGCUGGCAAAGAUGAACAAGCUUCUCUCGGAUGCCCUGUAA